AUUGAAGUCCUCCACCACAGUUUUCAGAUCAUUUCUCACCCAAAAGAAAUACACACAACACAGUCCCAAGAAAAAAAAGCCAUGGCUGCAACAAAAUCUCCGUCGUCGUCGACGAUGUCUCUGUUAACUUUCUCUCUCUACAUCUCUCUGUUUCUCGCUCAAGCAUGGGCUUCCGACAUGUCGAUCAUAUCCUACGACCGGAAGAACAACCUCGCCGUGCCGGCGGGCCUCCGGUCCCACGACGAGGUGGUCUCUAUGCACGAGUCGUGGAUGGCGGAGCACGGCAAGUCCUACAACGCCGUCGGCGAAAAGGAGAAGAGGCUCGAGAUUUUCAAGGAUAAUUUGAGGUACAUCGACGAGCAGAACGCCAUCGAAAACCGUACCUACAAGCUCGGCCUCAACCGCUUCGCCGAUUUGACCAACGACGAGUACCGGAAAACGUUCCUCGGCUCCAGACCCGACGGCAAACGCCGGUUGACCGGCCGGAAAAGUGAUCGGUACGCGCCUAAAGUCGGCGACGCCUUGCCGGAUUCCAUCGACUGGAGGGAGAAAGGCGCCGUCGUUCCGAUCAAAGAUCAAGGCAGCUGCGGGAGUUGCUGGGCAUUCUCUACAAUAACUGCAGUGGAAGGUAUAAACCAAAUCGCGACCGGAGAAUUGAUCUCGCUUUCAGAGCAAGAGCUGGUCGAUUGCGACAGGUCAUACAACCAAGGCUGCAAUGGCGGCCUUAUGGACUAUGCUUUCCAGUUCAUCAUCAAGAAUGGCGGCAUCGAUUCCGAUCAAGAUUAUCCUUACAAAGGCCGUGAUGCAAAAUGCGACCAAACCAGGAAAAAUGCCAAAGUUGUCUCGAUCGAUGGCUAUGAGGAUGUGCCUGUGAGCGACGAAAAGGCACUGCAGAAGGCGGCUGCUAGCCAACCCAUUAGCGUGGCUGUUGAAGCCGGUGGGCGGGACUUUCAACUUUAUAACUCGGGAAUAUUCUCCGGAAAAUGUGGGGUCGAAUUGGACCAUGGUGUGAGUGUGGUUGGCUACGGCACCGAAAAGGGAAAGGACUAUUGGAUAGUGAGGAACUCGUGGGGAGUGAGUUGGGGAGAGAAGGGCUAUUUAAGAAUGGAGCGAAACGUGGCUUCAAAAGACGGUCUGUGUGGCAUAGCUAUCGAGCCAUCCUACCCAACAAAAACGGGUGCAAACCCUCCAAAGCCCGGCCCGUCUCCUCCUUCUCCACCGGUGGCCCCACCUUCCGUCUGUGACGACUACUACGAAUGCCCAGAGAGCACCACAUGCUGCUGUGUGUACGAGUACGGAAAAUACUGCUUCGCAUGGGGGUGCUGCCCGCUCGAGGGUGCCACUUGCUGCGAAGAUCACUACAGCUGCUGCCCCCAUGAGUACCCUGUCUGUAACAUCCGUGCUGGAACUUGCUCGAUUAGCAAGAAUAACCCGCUUGGAGUUCAGGCGAUGAAGAGCAUUCUUGCAAAACCGAUCGGUGCUUUCGGCAAGCAAGGCAAGAAGAGCAGUUCUUGAGGAAAAAAAAAAGUUUGAAAUCUGGAUGUAAAAGGAAAGAUUUCAGACUGAAGAGAACAUUCGAGGAAGUGGGAAUUAAUGGGGUCUGAUUUGUACAUGGUUUUUCUGUCUUUAUAUUUCCAAGGUUCGGAUCCGAACAAGAAUAACAGAUGAUGAUAAUUGUUUCUACAUUGUCUAUUUAUUGUAUAGUCUCUCUCUUUUUUCGUUUACGAUGAUUAGUGGCUGCCAUCGAUCGGUGCAGCUCAAUCUCCAGAUUUCUGUGUCUGUAUCUGUAUUUGAUGAUUCAUACAUUUAAAGAAGGCCCUUCUUUUCUGGCUUUGAAAAAAA